AUGGCGAAAAGUACUAAAAAGUCCACUCGUAAAUUCGAGAAGAAUCAUCUCAAGGAUACAUUGGAAAAGCGUAAAGAUGGCGCAAAGUAUAAGCAAAGACAACAAAUGAAAGCAAAGCGAACGGCUCGAAAUGCUAAGGAUGCCGAAUUCUUGGGAGGAAAAGAGGACGGGGAGGAAGGUACAAAGCCUAAACCAUCUGCGAAAGAGGAUGCAUUCGGAAAGAUGAGCGUCGAUGAUUUCUUUCAAGGUGGUUUUGAAGUUCCAGCCAAGCUUGAAAAAAAAUCGAAAGCAAAGAAGGGAGCAGAGAAGUUAGGAAAGAGGAAGAGAACCGAGCCUGAGGAAGAAGAAGAGGAAGAAUCAUCCGAUGAUUCAAUUGGAGAGGCGCCAGUAAUGAGCGACAGUGAAGAUGGCGAUGAUGAUAACGACGAAGGAAUGACUGGUAUGAGCAAGAGUGCCAUGGAUGCGCUCGCUGAGAAGGACCCGGAAUUUUAUAAAUAUCUCAAAGAGAACGACCCAGAAGCCUUGGAUUUCGAGGACGAUGCAGACUUUGCCGAAGUUGACGAGUUAAGUGGUGAAGAAGAUGAACAACCAAAAAAGAAGAAACAAAAGAAGUCGAAAAAGGCAAAGAAGGAGGAGGUCGUAGAGGUAGAGGAGGAGGAGGAGGCGCAAGAAGAAGAAGCUGAGGAGGAAGAUGCCUCUGAAGUCACUAAAGCAAUGGUCACAAAGUGGACCAAAGCAAUGUCUGAACAGAAGUCUCUACGGGCCAUGCGACAAGUUGUUCUAGCUUUUAGAGCAGCUGCGCACGUCAAUGAAGACGAUGGAAAGGAAUACAAAUACUCGAUAACGAAUCCUGAAGUCUAUCACGAGCUCUUGCUUGCUGCCUUGAAGCAAGUUCCCGAGGUUCUCAAUCAUCAUCUUCCAGUCAAGGAGAGUGCUGCUGGCAAAGUCAGAGUUUCAACAGAUUCGAAGAAGUUUAAGACGCUGUCACCCCUCUUGCGAUCUCACAUUACUUCUGUUCAACAUCUCCUCGCUUCGCUGUCCGAUGCCUCUACCCUCAAACUUACACUUUCCUCGGUCAUACCACUUCUUCCAUAUCUCUUAUCUUUCAAAAAGGUUCUCAAGAAUGUCGUUAAGACCGUGGUAGACAUUUGGUCCGACGCCUCGAGUACAGAAGCAACCCGAAUCACUGCUUUCCUGGUUAUCCGACGUCUGGCAAUAAUUGGUGACGCUGGACUAAGGGAAGCCGUUAUGAAGACGGUAUAUCAAGGUUUGCUCAAAGGAAGCCGAAAUACCACCAUUCAUACUAUUCAGGGAAUAAAUCUUAUGAAGAACUCCGCCGCUGAGUUAUGGGGAAUCGAUCAAGGUGUUGGAUAUACAACCGGUUUUACAUUUAUUCGUCAACUAGCAAUUCAUUUGCGAAGCAGCAUCACAAAUAACCAGAAAGAAUCAUACAAGCAAGUCUACAAUUGGCAAUACGUCCAUUCUCUUGAUUUCUGGUCGACUGUUCUAGCUGAGCAUUGUAAUUCCCUGAAGGAGGCUGAGACAGGAAAAGAAUCUCAACUUCGACCGCUCAUCUACCCAACUGUUCAAGUCACCCUUGGAGCUAUGCGUCUUAUCCCAACUUCCACUUAUUUCCCACUCCGAUUCCACUUAAUCCGUUCGUUACUUCGACUCUCGCGAGCCACUGGAACAUACAUUCCUUUAGCAUCUGUAUUACUCGAGGUCCUUAACUCCGCAGAAAUGAAAAAGCCCCCUAAGCCGAGCACAUCUAAAUUCUUCGACUUCACAUCCAACUUCAAAGCUCAAAAGUCCUAUCUUCGUACACGAGUUUAUCAAGAUGGUAUUGGGGAGCAGGUGGCUGAAUUACUUGCCGAGUUCUUUGUCCUCUGGUCUACGAGCAUUGCACUUCCAGAACUAACAUUACCGGUUGUCGUAAUGUUAAAGCGAUGGCUCAAGGAUGCUUCGAACAAGAGCUCCGGAAACAAGAACAGCAAAGUAAACUCCAUGUUUGUACUCCUCAUUCAAAAAUUGGAAGCAAACUCAAAAUGGAUUGAGGGAAAGAGAGCUAAGGUUGAGUUCGCACCCAACGAUCGAGCUGGAGUAGAUGGCUUCUUGAAAGGAUUCGAAUGGGAAAAGACUCCACUGGGAGCAUUUGUUGUUGGACAAAGAAAGCAGAGAGAGGAGAAGGCGAAGAUGUUGGAAGAAGGCAGAAGGGAAGAAGACAGAAAGAGAAAGUUGGAACGUGAGCAGGAAAAGGAAAUGGGAGGCAGUGAUGAUGAUUCUGAGGUGGAUGAUGAAGAAGACUCCGAGGCCGGCUUUGAGGAUGAAGAGUAA